CAGAACUCUUUUCUGGAAGCCAAAUGUCGGGAAAACUGCAAAGCAUGGAAGGCAUCCGUAUUGCUGGCGUUAUUGCCACAAACUGGCAGCAAAUUCGCACGUUCCAAGCCAGACUUGGGGAUGUGUUGAUUGCCACCUAUCCCAAAUCAGGUACCACCUGGGUUCAAGAGAUAGUGGACCUUAUACUGAAUGAGGGCAACGAAGAGAUCUGUAGGAGAUCUCCUACCCACGAGAGGAUCCCCUUUGUAGAGCUACUGCAUCUGAUGAAACCAGGACCAGAAGAGGUCAACGCGAUGCCAUCACCAAGAGUGCUGAAGACCCAUCUUCCUGUGCAACUUGUACCCCCAUUGUUCUGGAAAUACAAAUGCAAGGUGAUUUACGUAGCCAGGAACCCAAGGGACACCUUGACAUCCUAUUUUCAUUUUGAUCACAUGGUCAAAAUCCACCCAGAUCCAGAAAGUUGGGAGGAGUAUCUCCACAGAUUCAUGAAGGGUGAUGUGGGCUGGGGCUCAUGGUAUGAUCAUGUUAAAGGAUUCUGGGAACAGAAAGAUGAACACAAUAUCUUAUAUCUCUUUUUUGAAGACAUCAAACGGAACUCCAUCAAUGAGAUACGCAAAGUGAUGAGGUUCUUGGAUAAAGACCUCUCUGAAGAGGUUCUGGAGAAGAUAGCACACCUGAGUUCCUUUAACCAGAUGAUGGAGAACCCAAUGGCCAAUUAUUCUGCUUUCCCCUCAGAUGUACUAGACCAGUCUCAGUAUAAGUUCAUGCGGAAAGGUAAGGUAGGGGACUGGAAGAACCACUUUACAGUUCAACAGAAUGAGAUGUUUGAGGCAUAUUACCAACAGCAGAUGCACGGCUGUACUAUGAAGUUUCGUUAUGAGAUAGAAGAUGAGGAGGCCGCACCAAGAACAAAAGCUUUCCAGAAUAUGUAGGGACCAAUUGUAUUCUUGUUUGCAUUUCUGAAUAUGUAUCACAAAAAUGGGGAUUAGUAGUAAGAAUUAUAAAUUAUUAAGAGCUAUGAAUUUGCAGUGAUCUUAUAGAAAUUCUAGAGUAGUUAUUAGAUAUACCUUUUAGAAGCUCUUUUAUUUUUGUAUGUAAUCUGCAUGGAAUGGUUUUAAAGGUAUUACACCACAGGCAAAAAUGCAUGCUGACCUGUGUAUGGUUUUAAAUCAAUGUCUUUGAUAUUUGUAUUUGGAAGAACCAAUAAAACAUGGGUAAUUUUUUACA